GCGGCGGGCGCACCCAACCGACACAUCACAUGCAGGGGACACCGACAGGUUUCGACGCAACUUCACACCGCGCUGCUCCGGUUCACCUCCCGCCUUAUUUAAGAGGAAAAAACCCUUCUUAGAAGAGCCAUUACCGGCUGGUUUGAAGAGGACAGGGGUCUCAGUCAUGGAGGGGAUGAUUUCCACUGUGGCUCUGCUGUGUCUGGUGUGGUCCAGCGUCGGAGCCCUCCAGGUAAACAUCCCACAGGACCAAUAUGAGUUUGCCAGAGGUGACAACAUCACGCUACCAUGUACCUUUACCCCAGCCUCUGGCCCUACCCCGAAACUAGUCGUUGUCUCAUGGUCGGCUGAGGCUGCAACUGCUAACGCUAAGGAGACCCAGAUCAUCACCUACUACUUUCCUUCUGGAACCACUGACAUUAAUUCAAAGUAUGAAGGCCGAGUGUCUCUGGACAUAGACUAUGCUUCUGGAAAGGCCAACAUGAAGCUGUCCUCCAUCACGUUAGCAGACAACAAAGUGUUUGAGUGUCGUCUCCUGAUCCCAGGUGAUGAUGAGGGCAAACCGGCAGACACUGCACGUUUGGUGGUCCUAGUGGCCCCGUCCAAGCCCAUCUGUAAGAUCCAGGGUAAGGCGGAGUAUGGCCAGAACAUCAACCUGACCUGUGUGUCUGAGGAAGGCUCCCCAACGCCCACAUACAAUUGGGACAGUCGUGACGUACGGAACACACCUCGUCUUGCCCCACACCCCAGAACCACAGACAAGGGUGGUAUCCUGUCACUGUACAAUAUCUCCAAAGACACAUCUGGAUUCUACACCUGCACCUCGAGGAACAAGAUCCGCUCUGCUACCUGUAACAUCACUCUUGCAGUCAUGCCACCUUCCAUGACCUUUGGUUCCACUGCAAUAAUAGCCAUCGCUGUAUCUGUCGUUGCCUUGAUCGCCCUCAUCGUCAUAAUCUAUUGCUGCUGCCGCCACAGGAAGAAGAAGAGAGAGGAGGAAUAUGCCAUGGGAGUCCGAGGGGAAGAGUUCCACGACAAAGAGCCACCAAAAAAUGGUAAGAGUCGCCAAGCUGAUAGGGAGGAAGACCCAAAUAUUGAUCGUGACCCCAAUGAGGAACGAAGCGAGCGAGGCUAUGACAGUCGCAGGGAUUACGACGAUCGGCGCAGCGAUUACGACGAUCGGCGCAGCGACUACAACGAUCGGCGCAGCGACUACGACGAUCGCCGCAGCGACUACGACAAUCGCCGCAGCGAUUACGACGAUCGCCGCAGCGACUACAACGACCGCCGUGACAAGUACAGCGAUCGCAACGAGCGCUAUGACGACGAGCCGAGCUCCAAUGACCGCAGAGACCGCCGCAAUGAUGAUGGUGCCAUUUACGAUGAGCCCUAUGGUGAUGAUCGGGAUCAUGACAGACCACCUGUGCCAAACAAUAAACCACAGAGGAGGGAUUAUGACGACUAAGGACUCCAAUCUGAACCAACAGCUGUCUUCUAUCUUCUACUUCACACCUCACACUGUGAUCUAAUUGGUUCAAUCAACAUUUUGACUCAGUAGACCUAAAGCUAUGACAUAAUUAGCUCAACAAAUGGCAACAUGUAUAGGCUACUA